CUGCAGCCUCGCACAGAUUUGGGGAGAAGCGAAAAGCCGAAAAGGGUGUCCGUCUCCACUCUCCAGUCUCCAGCAAUCUCUCCGGCGAAUCUCUCUCUCUCUCUCUAAACCCAACUUCGCCGCAUUAUUCUCCCCAAACCCUUGUCCCCGCCGCGCAAUGGCGCAAUCUCGCAUCCCAAAUCCCCUUGUGCCGGCUCUGUCCGAUUCCAAGUUGGCCCGGUGAAGAUCGACCGGCUCUGUCCUGAUUCUAGGUCGUCCCGGUGAAGAUCAAGAUCCUUCUGCGGAUCCCCGGAGACUUUGCUCCAAUUUCAAGUCCUGACACGCAAAAAAGCCCCCAAGAUGUCUAAUCUAACAGAGCCCUCAAAAGAAGGUUCUACAGCUGAUGAUUCAAGCCCUCUCCAGAAAACUGGAACCUGGAGUAACAUAUUGAGCACUCUUAUCCAGCAAGCUUCAGUCUAUGGUUUGGCUAUUGGUUAUUGCCUGUCAGCAUCUCUGCUCUCCAUUAUCAACAAAUGGGCAAUCAUGAAAUUUCCAUACCCUGGGGCACUGACAGCUCUACAGUACUUAACUAGUGUUGCUGGAGUUCUCUUAUGUGGACAACUAAAGCUUAUCGAGCAUGAUGGCCUGAAUUUGGCAACAAUGUGGAAGUUCUUACCUGCGGCUGUGAUGUUCUACAUCUCCAUCUUCACAAACAGUGAACUGCUGCUGCAUGCCAAUGUGGAUACAUUCAUCGUGUUUCGCUCUGCUGUGCCGAUAUUUGUGGCAAUCGGAGAGACGUUGUACCUUCACCAACCAUGGCCAUCGUUCAGGACAUGGCUUUCACUUUCCACUAUACUUGGUGGAAGUGUGAUAUAUGUUUUCACAGAUUACCAGUUCAGUGUGACUGCUUACAGCUGGGCAGUUGCCUAUCUAGCCAGCAUGUCAAUUGAUUUUGUGUAUAUCAAGCACGUCGUCAUGACCAUUGGGCUUAACACAUGGGGCCUUGUGCUCUACAACAAUCUUGAGGCUUUGAUGCUGUUCCCCCUCGAGCUCCUUAUAAUGGGAGAGUUUAAUCAGAUGAAGGUGGACAGCUCUAAAAUGGCAAACUGGCUUUCAUUCGAUGUGAUUCUCCCUGUUGCUCUGUCCUGCCUGUUUGGGUUAUCGAUAUCCUUCUUUGGGUUCUCAUGUAGAAGGGCCAUCUCUGCUACCGGAUUUACAGUCCUUGGUAUAGUGAACAAGCUCCUGACUGUCGUGGUUAAUCUGCUUAUCUGGGACAAGCAUGCCUCCCUUGUGGGAACAAUUGGGCUGCUGAUAUGCAUGUCCGGUGGUAUUCUCUACCAGCAGUCCACCACAAAACCAAAGGCACCCAGCGUCGAGCCAAAGGAAGAGAAGGACGAGGAGGAGCAGAAGUUGCUUGAGAUGCAGCAAGGGCUUGAGGCCAAUUCCACUCAAGAACAUAGUAGUACCUCGUAAGCCUUGUGCUAGAGUUUUGCUUCCCUGGACCAUUCGACAGAUAAGUUUGGCCAAAGGGUCCAGUUGACAUGAGAAUCUCGCGGUGCUGUAGACACUGCAAGUCACGGAGAAAGCUGAAUUUCAUUCAGCAAUUCUUUUGUCAUCGUUUUCAUUUGUUAGACAGGAUUGCUGAGCUGUAGGGGCAGCAGACCCCUGAAACAUGCCAACGCCGAAUACACAAGCAACUAUUGCAGUUUGUCAUUUCUUUUCUUUGCGGUGAAAAAGGUCUUCCUUUGUGACGGAAUGAAAAAUUCCUUGUAUCAGUAAGGCUCAAUGAGCCUCAGUCUCGCAACCGUGUUAGUAGUUGUAUAUACACAUUGCAAUGAUCUCGCUGCGUUGACUUGUAUUAGUAGUUGUAUAUACACAUUGCAAGCUCAGUAAUCCAUGUCAUCGACAA